AUGAAGAUCUCAGGCGUGCUAGGGGGGCUCCUCAUGCUUUUUGUGUCCAUUAAUGCUCUUGCUGAUUUGUCCGUCACCUGUUCCACCUCCUGGCUCCUGGUCAGAGUUAGGCGAGCGCCUAUAGUGCACGAUCUGCUGCCUCAGCCGGACGAGCUCUCCCUAGGCUACGGCUGCCCGGUGACCAUAACGGAGCCGGACUUCUUUGAGUUCCUGUAUCUUCUAACUUUUUGUGGUAUCAGGGUUCACGAAUUCCCAUUAGCAACUCUCAUUGAAAGUUCAAUCACAUAUGAUUCGGUGCGUUUAGAUUUCACUGGCCACAUCCCAGUAUCAUGCUACAUUCAAAGAACAUUUCCAAUAAAUUUUGUGAUGAAAAGACGUGAUAAUAGUCGUGAAGUCAGAAGACCAGUGGGACAGAAAUUGUCCUUGUCAUGUGAAGUUGAAGACUUGGAAAUCCUUCCUAGAGUGUUACCUAGGUGA